GACGUAGAGAGGAAAAUGGCCGUCGGGGCUAUGGAAAAAGGGCAGGGACGUCGAGUGUUGCUAGUUUCUGUGAGAAUUACGCGAUUUUCGGGCUGGACUAUACCGAUCGUCUCAGCAAUUGUGCGCGUAUAGUGUCUCUCGUAAUUUUCCGCGUGUUUUAAAGUGAAAAACGUAUACGAAGGGUGUGAAAAAUCGGAAUAUCUCUCAUACCUGGAGUACAUCAAGUGAGAUAAGUGGCAACAAAAGGGUUUCUUAGCCGCAGAGGUAGAUCUUCGGUGGAUAAGAGACAUGAUAUCAUAAUCAACAAUGGCAACUAGAUAGUCUUGAAUUCACAUUCAAAAAACCAGUUAUCUCAGGGCCUUUUAACUCGCUUCUAAAAUGUGAAUAAAGACAGCGGAAUGAAGCCGCAAAAAAAGGCUAUUAUUGCCAAAAAGGCAACCAAACCUUCAUUGGUUGUCAAAAAGCGCCGCAUGCUUAUCGAAACGGCGGCAAUGGAUGCCAAAAAGGAUAAAAAAAUUAAGAAACUCGAAAAAGUUGAGGAGGUCAAGAAAAAGUUCGAAACUGAGAAGAAGAAAUUAGAGGAAAAGAAAGUACCAGAAGAGAAGAAGAAAAUCGAAGAAAGGAGAAAAGAAAAAAUCGAAAAGACAGAUGACAAAAAGAAACCAAUCAAAGAUUCGGAAAAGAAGACUGAAAAAGUAAUCGAGAAGAAGACAGAAGAUAAAAAUGAAGAUGAGGUACCUGAGAGUGUUGAAAAGAAAAAAGGUCAAAAGUCAGAUGGGAAGGUUCAAAUCGAAAAGACCCUUUCCGACCCAAAAAGAAAACUCGACAAAGUUGAGGAACGGACCAAAAUUAAAACUGACGAAGAACCACAGGAAAAAAUAAAUGACAAUGACGAAAUCGAUUUAACUGACAAUAAAGCAUCUUGUGCUAAAAAGAAAAUCGAGAAGAAGAAGGAAUUAAAACUACCUAAACCAGAAUCUAAGGAAAAUUCAAAGAUUAUCAAGGAAUUGCCGAAGGAAAAGAAAAUUGAACGCAAGAAAACAACUGAUUUAGACUCAACAGGAAAGUUAUCCCCUGGAAGAAAAAAGGAUCCGAAAGUGAAGCCAAGUAAGAAAACUGGUCCGAAGAAGACAGUACUAGCGAAAAAAGGAAAUCCUUCAGUAGCAACGAGGUUCCUUGAAAAGAAACUGAAACUAGUGAAGUGCUUCCAAGCUGAUGAGUCCUUAACAGAAGUCAACAAUGAAGCUGUGACAAAAAUAAAGAAGAAGCCACUAAUACCCAAAAAUAAACCAGUCGUGGAGAAAAAACUUAUUCUCGAUAAACAGAUGAAGGCAAAGUUACCACCUAAAAAAUUAAUAUUGAGGAAAGAAGAAAAGGCAAGGAACUUAGAAAAGGCUAAAAAAAGAGCUGAGACAAAGGAUUUGGAAAAGGCUUCAGAUAUUAAGAAACCUGCUAACGAGGAAGUUGAUUUGAACAUUAAUACUAGCGAAAUAAAGAAGGAAGUUAUCGACGAAAAAGAAGUAGAGAAAGCUAAAGAAGUUGAGAAAGUUAAAGAAGUUAAGGAAGAACCAAAGAAGAUUUUGAAAAAUGUCUCCAAAGCAAAAGUUCCUAAGAAGACUUACAAAAAAGCAUCAAAGGUUUCAAAGGACAAGCACGAAGACCCAGACAAGGAAGAGUCUGGAGAAGAGGAUUCGAAAGAGGUCGCGAAGGCCGCAACAAAUACCAAGGACCAUCCAGAAAGUCUGAUGAAGGUAGAUCUGAAGGUGGAAGAUGCAAAUUGUGAGACGAGUGGAAGUUCGACUGCCUCUGAUAGUAGUGACGAGAGUUGGAGAAAUGGAAGAGGGAGGAGUUCGAAGAGGAAAGAGAGGAAGGACAGGAAGGAGAGAACCAGAACUCCAUCAGACGAAAGAGCAAGAAGAAUGAGACUUUUUGGUUUCUGGAGUGGGCCUAAAAGACACAGGGUUGCUUCUUUGAAUGCUCUCGCGAAAGUUCACUGCUUGUAUGAAAAUGAAGCCGGUGGAGUUUACCUUGGAGGAUUCUGCAAACCUAAACCAGAGAAAGAGAAGCUGAAGGAAAAGAAGGCGAAGGAGGAGAAAGAUAAGGAGAAGGAAAAGGAGAAGGAAAGAGAGAAGGAAGCAGUUAUUAAAAAAGAGAAGGACAAACAGGAAAAGAUAAAAAAUGAACAAGAGACUGCUCCAAAGAGGAAGCUGAGAAACGUGCCAGGAUUGAGAGGAAAGCAUUGGGACAUGCACGAGAGCGUUUCCUCUUCUUCGUCUUCUUCAGAGGAAGAGUGCGUGAGUGUGAAAAGUGAAAAGGUCAAGAAGACUAUUGUCAAAAGGAAGAAAAAAGUCGCUGAGGUGAUGGACUUGAAGGAUAUGGUGGUCUGUAAGAGAAUGGCAAGUCUCAAUGCCUCUGCUAUUUUGGCUGCUUCUUAUUCGGAUGAGAAAAUUCGCCUUGGUUCUGACAGCGAUUCCUCGAGCGAGUCGGAGGUGGAGAUCAUAAAGAGAAAGAGACAUGUAGAGACUGACGCGGAAAAACAAAAGCGGCUGGGCUCGGAACCUGAAGAAGUCAUCAAGCCUUCCAAGAAAGUUGUCAUUGUUAACCAAGACACUGACGUCACCAUUACAGGUGUUUACGUCAAUCAAACUCGAUCGACUCAUCACGAAGGCUUCUGCAGCAUCGCUGGGAUGCAAUAUCGAAUAAGUUCGACCAGCCACACACAGACAGCAGCUACAGCGGUGGCAACGGAACUUCAUGACCAGCAAAAACCAGAGCAGCCUUGUAAAUCGUACACACCUCUUGGCGCGCUUUCUUCUAUGCAGCCUCCAGGGAGCCAAGGAAAUCGCUCCAGCAUGUCUCCCAGAAGACACUCCGCAUUCUCUGCUCCUCAUCAACAUGGAUACUAUCAGCCGGCUGGACCACUGAUACAGCAUCCCCCAACACUACCUCCGGUAAAAGCACCUCCACCGGAACCAACGCCAACACCUCCACAAAACUCGGAAGGUUCGGACGAUCUCGUCCCGACUUCCGCUUCAAGUGGAACCAGCGGUGGUCCAGGCUUUUACAGGGCAUAUUGUCCACAAUACUACGGUACCCCACCACAGUACCAGGAUCUCUGUUAUCCGCCAACAUAUGCACAUCCACAUCCACACCCGCCGCCUUAUUACAAAUAUCCGCCGACAUACAGAAGGCAGUAUUAUGGCUACCAAGAAAGCGGAGGAGGCGGCGGACCCGGAGGUGGUGCCGGGGCCGGUCCGGGUCCCGGUCCCGGUGUUGUGGACUACCAACCACCUCCGCCACCAGGCGAAUAUCCUCUACCUCCUUAUUAUGCAGGUUACCCACCUGUACCCCCACCCCCACCGCCGAAUCCAGCGUAUUUGCACGCACAAGGACGACCUUUCGUAGACCAUGCAGCUUUCCAGAGCUGUCCAUGCCCGAUGCAGUCCUGUCCAAAAAACGUGGAUACUGGGCCCCUUAUUGGUAAUGGUAAGGGAGCGCCAGUGGCAUCGGGGCCCGGUCUGUCAUUGCCACCCAGUGCUUUGGUAGGGCCGCCCUCGCCAGCGAGGGGGCUAGCCGGGCUAGCGCCUCCUCAUGGUGCCAAUGCCUGGGAUACGGAUCGCGUCCAACUCAACCCCCUUCGCAACCUCAGUCAGAACCAACCCUCCCUACCGACAUCCCAUAAUCACGUCGGAAAUCUCACGAAUCGUCCUCAAAAUUCUGAAUGCAGAACUAAGGAUGAAAAGAGCUGUGCGGAGAACAAGAUGAGGAAAUGCAGCUGCCAAAAAAAGCAAGCGUGCACAUCCACCUGCGAAGUCAAAAUUGAAAGUAUAUCGCCAGUAGAGAAUUUAUCAACAACCAGUUGUCCGAGUAGCAAGAUUCACAACUUCAAGCUGGAAAACAACAACGUCAAGUGUGAAUCCUGCAGUGUUGAAAUUGGCGAAAAUUUAACCUGCGCCGCCAAUUGUAACGUUAAGUGCGAGUCAGGAUACAAGUGUGAAAUAUUAAAGUGUGAGCAGUGUGACAAAGAAGGUGAAAUGGCCAUAAUGGAUAUGGACAAGGACUCGGGAAUUCUCCUGAUUGACGACAAACUCGAGACUGAUACAGAAGUCAAAGAAGAAUUAAAUGACGUUGUUGUCAUCGAUGGUGGAAAUUGGAAGAAAGCUGAUUAUGAGCCAACGGUGCGGGAAAACGUAGAGGAAAAGGAACCUUCCGAAAGAAUGUUGAGCGUCGAAGAAGAGCCCAAGUGUCAAAAAUUGACGAAGAGAAAACUGUCCCUCGAUAGUCUUUCGGAUUCGAGGAAAAAGAGAAAAGUGAACAAAAGGACCUUGUCUGUAGGAUCAACUAGAGAGUUAGUUAUUAAUGAGCAGUCUUCAGAUACUCCGCCACAGGCAGAAAAUCUCAUGAGCGAAGUUGACGGUGCUUCCGAAUCUUGCACAUUAAAGAAAAAGCAGACUAAGAAAGAACCUCAAAAUCCAAAACGCAAGGCUGAAUGUUCGAAUCCAUCCGAAGCGCCCACUAAAAAGCCUAAAACCAAACCCACGAGUGCUGGUGCUCUUCCUAAUUCCUUAAAAUCGGUAGCAAGUGAUACUUCUAUAAUGGAGACGAUAAAUAAUGUAAUUCAGCAAAGUGUACAGAUGACGGAGAAAAAAGAUAAGAAGACCAAAAACGUUGACCGCGUGGCAGAAAAGAAUAAUAAGAAUGCGAACUUGAUGUCAACGAUUAAGAAAGUGACAAGAAAACUGGAACUGAACUCUGUAGUGGAAAAAACCCAAUCGAAAGGCAAAGUCGAGGUGAAACCAAAACCUAAAAUACAGGAUGCCAAAUGUAAAAGUAAGGUAAAAGCUAAAUUCAUAGAAGUCAAAUCGAAGAUUCUGGACAUUAAGCUUAAGGUGCACGUACCGAAGACCAGGGAAACAUGUAAAAAGAUCGAAUAUUUGCCGAAGUUGAGAUCGGGUGAAAUUAUCGAGGAUAAAAAAUCAGUCUUAGCUAAGAAAAAACGUAAAAGUACAAAGAAGACACUGGUGAAAAAGAUGGGUGGCAAGGUGGAGGACAAUGUAAUCGUUAAUGAACAUUUAACUGUAGCUAGGAAACCAUUUUUGAAGCCUAAGUGGAGCAACGGAUGGAGUUGGGAAGGCGAUGCGUACGAGGCCAAAGUAUAUCUAACGAAUGAAGAGUCUGCUAUCCGAAGAUGCUAUGAUAGUAUGAGGCAUGUGAGUGGUGACAUUUUACGUUCUCGAGAUUGUGUUUUGCUCAGAAGUGGUCCUCGCAAAGCUGAUCUACCUUUCGUUGCGAAAAUCGCUGCGCUUUGGGAGAAUCCUGAUGAUGGAGAAAUGAUGUUCUCAUUGCUGUGGUAUUAUAGACCAGAACACACCGAGCAAGGGCGUACAGAAUUCGAUACCGAAGAUGAAGUUUUCGCAUCACGUCAUCGAGACGCGAAUAGUGUCGCCUGCAUAGAAGAUAAAUGCUACAUUCUAACAUUCAGCGAAUACUGUCGGUAUCGAAAGAAUAUAAGGCGGCUGGAGGAAGGAGUGGAAACUCCAUGUCUGAUAGUUCCACCAGGUGACCAGGUCUAUCCCAGGAAAAGUAGACAACCUCCCUUACCGGUGCCAGCCGACAUGGUACUUUUCUGCAGACGCGUUUAUGACUACAGGGGCAAAAAACUCGUCAAAAAUCCCGGAUGACUCGACUUCCUAUGAACUGCAGCAACUAGAAACCAAUGAAAUCCGUAAUCUUUACAUACAUGAUUGAAACUGAAUGCAGGAUUCCCUUCAAAUCUCGAGCGUUGAUUUUUCCAAUUACAUUUUCCAUUCCGCAACCUUGUCGACUAAAGGACGAUUUUCGUUUCUCCCGGCGAGAUGAGAUCGUUCGGUUGGUUUCGCAACGAUAAAAUGAUUCUCUUGAACUUACAGAUUAGUGAAUUUUGAUUGUCUAGUUACUGGAGAAGAUAGUGUGCUGAAGAAUUCGUCAGUUUAUGGGAGAAAGAGAGAAUACUAUUUUUUGUGAUGCAGCGUUUUGUACGUUGGAGUGGAUAUUUUUUCAAAGGAGUGACGCACAUAUCGCUCGCGAUCAACAAACUUUAUGGAGGGAACCUUCGAGCAGUUUCAGCAAAAAAAGAGAAAAAAAUCGAGAGAAAAUAACAAAAAAGAAAAAAAAAGAAAUGGACUUCUUAGAAAAGAUAGAGAGAGCAAGUUUUCAGAGUAAUGACGAAGAGUAACUAAAGUGCGACGUAUGCGUCUGUAGACACUUUCAUCUACCCUUAAUAUAUUCUCUGUGUAAAGUGCAUUUUUUGAGUUAUACUAAGUGGAUGAAAGACACACCGAGUCUCGUAAAAGAACUCAUUUCGUCUAAUUCAAGGUACUUUCUCGCAAUAUGUCUAACGUUAAAGAGGGCGAAAAAAUAAGUAGCCGAAAGUUAUAUUUUGAUUGUGAGCCCGUCAUCGACAACUCGAAGACUUUCGAUCACUUUUUCAUAGCAUUUUUUCCUUGAAUCUCAGCAGACAAAAGUAAUACAAUUGUGAAUAAACUUUCGAUUUAUAUCCAGACCCGACACAAGAAUUGAUUGCAUGUCUCAUUUUAUUUUUUUUUAAACUUUACACUCUAGGAGAAGGACAAUCGCAACAAAUUGCGUGUUUCUUUCGACAAAAUUCCGUGUUUCGUUGGCUACGAAUUUUUUUUUACAAAUAAUUGUUGUGUGGCGGGUGUUUUGUUAAAAAUUAUAUUAUUUAAUAUUAAUAUAUUGCUAUCGCUGAUUAUUAUUAAUAUUAUUGCUAUUUAAUAUAUAAUAUAUUGGACUUAGGUUGUAAGUUUCUUUUCCGGAAGAGUGGAAAUUGAGUAUUAAGAAGAUUAAGGGAGAGCAAACGAGGGUUGGAAAGGAAAAAAAAACAAGAGUGCAUGUGUGAAAAAUGCGAUCGAGUGAAUGAGAAAAAAAACAACAAAAAAAGGAAUACGAUUGAGAGACCUCAGCCCCUCCAUAAAGAUACCAAAACAUUCUUUGUUUUCAAAAUCAUUCUAUCGCAAUUUAAUAUAUUUUCAAAGUAAUUUAUUAACUUAUUAUUGCCACUUAAUUAGAUUCGUUUCGUAAGCACUCACGUAUUAGUAUUACGGAUCACCCAAGAUAGAAUUCUCGACUCUCGUCAAGAUCCUCUGAUCCUCUAUCUUUGGUGAUCGUUUAGAGGUAAUUUUGUAUUCCUUUAUAUUGCUUAAAGAGAACUGAAUUGUAGUUUUUGUGCAAGUCUGUUAGGCGUUUCUAAAAAAUUAUCAGAAUAAAUGUCACGUUGUUUUUAGUAAAUAUAAUCUCUAAGGCUGCAUUCGCACUGAGUCUCUACAAAAAUCCGAAAGUCUUCAAUUUGUUUUCAACUGUACAAAAAAAAUCUCUAUUUCCAGUACCUGUCUUAAUUAAAGUUUUAAAUUCGAAUCUACUUCGGAAAGUUGCUUCAACAAUAGCAAAAAAAAAAUCCUGUUCCUUUUUUCUCAGUGCGAAUGAAGACUCGCAGAAGUGUUUUUUGAAAUGAGUGUAUAAUAGAACAGUCUUCUCUUGUAGUGCCGCGUUUUCCGUUCGAACGUUUCGACGGCAUGUAUGUAUUUCCGAAAAAAAAUUCCUGUAAAGGUUAACAUGGGAACAUUGCGCAAAAUGCAUAUCCUCUGUUCAUUCUACAUAGCCGACGAAUUUCAACCAAUUGUAUCCAUAAAGUAUCGAUAAGUUUAGAUGUAAAGCGCUCGUGGCAUGCGAGGCGUUACGAGCUUCGUGUUCGCUUUAA